AUGAGUUUGCGGGCGGAUGUUUCGUUUGUUAAGGAGCACGCUCAAGUCUGUAGUGUGAUGUUCUCAGAUGUAUGGAGGGCUGCGGGUAGCAGGAUUAUGAUGUACCUGCCUAUAAAAAAAGUACUAGUUAUACGGUUAUUGAGUCGGUGGUUAUUGGAGCAGUUCGAUAAUGAUGAGAUGAUCUGGCGUCAGAUGAUGGACCGGAUGUAUUUGUUAGAUGCUUACGAUGUGGCGACCAGGUGCUCAUUGUCAAGCGAGAUAGGUGAAAGACGUUUGCGUUUCCUGAAAUUGUGGACGCAAGAUCAACUUCGAUGGAAGCGGACAGAUUAUUUGAAGCACAUGUGUCAUUCCUUUCAUCGCAACUCGACAUUCUCCGCUAUACCCGGCAAGCGUUCGAUGCGUUAUUCCCGAAUUGUGGAUGCGGAAGGCAACCUGGGCGGUGGUGGACCAGGGCAGAGAAGACUUGCGGUAGAGUACUCGUAUGGGUUGAUACCACGAGAAGGACCCCUAAGUCUUGGUAAUCCUCGGUGUGUUGAUGCUGUAGAUACCGACGGCCAGGUUCAGAGGAUCGAUCUGCUUGCAAGACAGUCUUUGUUACAACAAGGUGUGGUCGGAGGCAAGCUGAGUGUGCCGAAUGGUUACCGUACUUUCUAUCCCUUGUCCGGAAGUUGCUAUGCAUUCGUCUGGGCUAGCAAGGACUAUUUAAUAGUUAGUUUGCACGAUGGUACCUUUGCGUACUUGGACCACAUCAAACUUCCAAUUGACACUGCGAUUUCUUGCAUGACUGCCAACGACCUGCCGGAGAACUCCGACGUCGAAUUCGGGAGCUCCCUGCAACGGGUAAAUAAAUUAGGAAGCGCAACUUCGUCCGACUCCCUCUGCCAAUCAGUCAAAGAACCACCAGUCCAGCGAAUGGAGCCACCAGUCCAGCGAAUGGAACCACCAGUCCAGCGACAGAGAAGUAUGGACAGCAACUGCGAGACUCCGACCCUGCCCACCACCUAUGUAUUUGGUAUGGCCGAUGGACGUGUAUUUAUAACUACCAGGAAGCUUACUCAAGCUCUGAUAAUGCUGCCAUUGCUGCAAUCUCCGGUCAGCGCUCUGCAGGUUAGUGACGAUGGCAAGACUAUCGUGUGGACAGAAGGCUGCCGAAGGUCUGGCGAUGCGUCUGUAGGGUGUCUCUAA